GGAGCGGAGCGCGGUGGGAAAAGAGAGGUUACCCCGCUGGCUCCACUGGCGGCCUCUGCCUGGAUCCCGGUGCCGCAGCCCUGCGUCUGUUCCACCCUUGUCUCAGGUUCCUUGGCCCCGGGCACAGCGGAGGAGGUGGAAUUCUGGGCCACCGUAUCUGGAGUAGAACAGAAAAUCUAUUAUGCCUGUGUUCCCUUGGGAUUCACUGGAAAUUGUACACUGACGUCUUCUGGGAUUUAGUCUGGAGUGUGCAGACUGGUGCCUAAAAUGGAAGUAGAUAUUAAUGGAGAGUCCAGAAGUACCCUGGCCACCCUGCCCUUACCCAUGGCUGAGGCGAGCUCACCGGGAAAGGCAGAGGCAGAGAAACCCCGCUGCUCCAGCACACCAUGCUCCCCAAUGCGUCGGACUGUGUCAGGCUACCAGAUCCUCCACAUGGACUCUAACUAUUUGGUUGGCUUCACAACUGGUGAGGAACUCCUGAAGUUAGCCCAGAAGUGCACGGGAGGUGAAGAGAGUAAGGGGGAAGCUGUGCCUUCCUUGCGUUCCAAACAGCUGGAUGCAGGACUUGCACGUUCCUCUCGUUUGUAUAAAACCCGAAGUAGGUACUACCAGCCAUAUGAGAUUCCAGCUGUCAAUGGCAGGAGGCGAAGGCGGAUGCCCAGCUCAGGAGACAAGUGCACUAAAUCUUUACCUUAUGAACCUUAUAAAGCCCUCCAUGGGCCUCUGCCUCUUUGUCUUCUUAAAGGUAAGAGGGCUCACUCCAAAUCCCUGGACUACCUCAAUCUAGAUAAAAUGAACAUCAAGGAGCCAGCUGACACAGAAGUCCUACAGUACCAGCUUCAACACCUAACCCUCAGAGGGGACCGUGUGUUUGCUAGGAAUAAUACAUGAAUGACUUACAGAGAAUUUAAACCAGUUUAGGUCAGCCUACACUUGGCUAGAAAAAUCUACUGCUGUACUCUGUACAUGACUUUUCACAUUACAGACGGUUAUAUCAGCUAAGGGUUUCUGGAACAUAAAAAUUGUUUGAAUCAAAUUUUGAAUACAGGAAUGAAAUUCACAGGUACUUGGGGGAAAAUUGUUCUAGAGCACGCAACUGCAAAGAAAACAGAAUGUUGACCAUUAGUUUGUAUAGCUUUUUAGCUAGGAAAAAAGGCUUUGGUACAGUAAUACCAUCUUUAUGGUUUUGACGCUCAAAUUGAGAAUGUUAACUGCUUCGUUGUUGCUGACUUGGUAUGAUUCAUUAGAAAUUUAUAUCUCAAGUACUGAAGUACUUCUUUAAUCUCUGUAUUUUACUAUAAAAUGUAUGUAAUGAUUUGUUUUAUGAAAUUGAGAACUUGAACAUUGCUGAAUUGGACCACUUUUUAUUUUUAAAUAUUGAGUUUAAAUAUUUUAUAACUGGUUUUGCACUGAAAAAAUUAACAUUUCAGAUUGACAAAAGAAUAAUUUUUCUUCACUUGUCUCAAUAAUAUUGAGCAAUGAAUUUUUUUAUUUCCGCAUGGAAAGUUAUUAAUCUUCUCUAUGGCUGUAAAAUAUUUCUUUAUAGCAUUAUUAAAGUGUGUCUUAAUAAAAUUAAAUUUGGGAUACAAAGUAUUUAUUUUACAAUGAGUGGGGGAGAAGCUUUUCCAGAAAGUUUCCAAUAUGAAGUUUUCAUAAGUUGAAAAAGUUUCUUUAGUGCUUAUUUUCAAAUUUAAAAUUCAUUUGGAACUUUAAUAUGGAAAGGAUUCUUUUAAUUGUGGAUUAUAAGCAUAAUACUAUUUGCAUCUGAAUGUUCUGUAAGUGAAUGGAACUUUAAUAGAUGAACUCAUGAUUUCUACUAUCGAAUGCUUAAACUAAGUAUGAAAUGUUACCAUUCAGCAUGACAUCGGGUCAUUCCAGUUUUAGUUUUGUGCAGCACAGCACUCACUGAAAUUCCAGUUUCUAGGAUUAGUGUAUGAGCCUAAAGUGCUUCUACAGUUUUAAUGGGUUAAUCCUGGAUUACUUAAAAAUUUAUGUCAAUUGCACUGGUUUAAUUUGUUGCUAAAGAAACAAUGCCCUGGCUUUAGUAACAAAUACAGCUCAACUAUUCUUGAAUAUAUUUUGAGGAGGAAAAAAAAAAUGUAUGUAACUUACCUUUUGUAAAAGUUUCUAUUUUUCUUUUUCUUUUUUUGACUAUUAAAGGUGCAAUUUAUUACAAAAUUAACAUUUCUGGCAGCAUAGAACUGCUUAUUUUAAAUUUUGUUCUGGGAGCUGUGAGUUUCUUAGGUAUUAACAAUCUUGCUUAUGAAGUAGGAACACCUUUUAAUUAAUAAGUGGGUCAUUCCUGGUGUAAUUGUGACUUUUCUUUAGCCAGCUUGAACGGCAAACUCUAUUUAGAGCAGAAUAAGUAUUAGAAAACCCUAGGAACUCUGUUAAUCAACAUUUAUUAUACUUUCAUUGAGGCAAACGUGAAAGAGCCUUGGGUAAAUUGGUCUAUAAAUCUUCCAAGUUGAUCAGAUUUCUUGGUGAGCUGGAAAUUUUCAGCUAUUGUAUAUUUCAAAGUAAAUUGCACCUUUGUAACAUAGUGUAUUGACAAAUGAUCACUAAGAUUAACUAUAUCUAUACAGUCAUUAGUUUGACAAAAAUAGAAUCCUAUCAGAUGCCAAAGAGUUGGGAUUUUUACGUUUAAUGAUUAAACACCGUUAUUUAUUGAUGAUUUACCCUGUGGAAUUGUAUUAUUUCUAACUACGAAAUAAAAGGGUGAUGUAAACACACAUUGUUGUGUAGUGCUUUAAACAAAGGCCAUCAUCAGUAGUCUUACUGACUGUUUGAGAUUUCCA